UCUUCUGUAUCAUCCGCCAUUCCAUCCAAAGUACGUAGUACGUAGUCUUAGUUGAGCUCGUCAUGGACUCAUUGCGAAGCCUAGUGUUAUCUUCGUCAUCCGAUGAUUCGGACGAUGAGAUCGAUAACUUGUUGCUUUGGCAACAUGUUGAGCACCUUGUACUCGGAGACACGAGGACGCGUCGUAGGCGCUCCUCAUUGCCUCGCCGUGUUAUCCAUAGGGACCACGCUGCUGGAGAAAAUCUCAUCAAGCACCACUACUUCGGACCAAAUCCAGUGUAUCCAUCCCAUGUAUUUCGUCGAAGGUUUCGGAUGCAACGUCCUUUGUUUCUACGUAUCCUUCGUGCCGUUCAACGAGAAGACGAUUACUUCACAUUAAGAUGUGAUGCAACUGGUUUAGCAGGUCUUGGUCCAUUGCAAAAAGUUUGUGCUGCUUUGCGUAUCCUUGCGUACGGGUUACCAAGCGAUGCGGUCGAUGAGUACAUACAGAUUGGACAGACUACGGCUAGGGACUGCCUUAUCCGUUUCUGUCGCGCAAUCAUAUCUUCCUUUAGCGAACAAUACCUCCGUAUCCCAAACCACGACGACAUUGCUCGCAUACUUAGUGUUAACGCGGACAGGGGGUUUCCGGGUAUGCUAGGCUCCAUCGACCGUAUGCAUUGGGAAUGGCGCAACUGUCCUACUGCAUGGCGCGGACAGUUUUGUGGGCGCAAUUCGAGGCCAACAAUGAUACUAGAGGCUGUCGCAGGGUAUGACCUAUGGAUUUGGCAUGCCUUCUUUGGAAUGCCUGGUACUAACAAUGAUCUCAACGUCCUUCAUCGAUCACCAGUGUUUGAUCCGUUACGUAAUGGGACGAUGCCACCAGUGCACUUCACUAUUAAUGGUACCACGUACAAUUUUGGAUACUACUUAGCCGAUGGUAUAUAUCCCAAUUGGCCUACCUUUGUAAAAGCAAUUCGUCACGCUUUUGAGGAAAAAAAGGUUCACUUCACAACCAAGCAGGAGAGUUGUCGAAAGGACAUAGAGCGAGCAUUUGGGGUUUUGCAGGCGAGGUGGGCAGUUCUACGUGGGCCUGCUUAUGGUUGGGAUCGUAAUCACCUCGCAGAGAUGAUGACUGCUUGUAUUAUUAUGCACAACAUGAUUGUCGAGGACGAAGGUGAUGGUGCAGCAAAUCUGGAUUUUGUUGGCCCCACAGGUCCCCCCGAAGUUUGUAACAAUAUUCCUGAGGUCCGCAACGAGUGGCUAAACAAUCAUAUCCGUUCUGAAUUACCCAACGACCCCGACCAGGACAUCACAUCUCAGACGACAUACUUGUCUUUGCAGCACAACCUGAUAGAACACCUUUGGGCACGUCGAGGGUCGAUGGGUUGAAGGUCUUCAUCCAUAUUAUGUGGUUCAACAAUGUUGUUAUGUUUCAUUUAUGAACUAAGUACAAGUAGUUGUAGCAAUGGAAGUCAUGUAUGUUGGGCGUCAGUGAAGAAGUCAUGGUAACUGUCCUCUGUAAUGCAUCUGCAACAAAUAAUUUGCAUAUGUUGCCAAACGUUUAGUCA